AGUCUCCAGUGGCCCCACAGCAAGAUGCUGAACAUCAGUGAGCUGCUUCUGCAGCAGUACCUGCCCAGCAGGACCUCAGACCGUCUCCUGCAGCCAUUGUGGGAUCAUUUGCUUUUUCACCACCUGUCACUCGUCUCCUCUCCUUUUUUCCCUGUCAUCAUCGCUUUUUCAUGCUAUUUCCUCUUCAGUAUACCUUUUGCUGUGCUGGACCUUUUGGGAGAAAGGGUUCCUUUAUUCCACCAGUACAAGAUUCAGCCAGAAAGGCAGCCAACACUGGCAAUGAUGGCCAAGAGCUUCAUGACAGCUCUGUACAACCACCUCUUCUUUGUUCUCCCAGCUGUAUUUAUUGGCAUGUUCAUACUGCCUGCACCGGUGCUGCCACGGGAAGCUCCCAGAUUGCACGAGGUGUUUAUUGAUGGACUGGCCAUACUGCUUCUCUUUGACACUCAGUACUUCGUUUGGCACUACAUGCACCACAAAAACCCACAGCUCUACCGCUGGGUUCAUGCAGUGCAUCAUGAGUACAUGGCACCUUUCUCGUGGUCCACUGAGCAACUCAGCAUCCCAGAACUGAUGUCAGUGGGCUUCUGGAGCAACCUGGACCCAAUCCUGCUGAACGCUCACCCGCUGACCACGUGGUGCGUGACAGCUUACAGCAUCUGGAUGUCUGUAGAGGACCACAUAGGAUACGACCUGCCAUGGACCCUGCACAACCUUGUUCCUUUUGGUCUCCUGGGGGGAGCGCCUGCUCAUGACAUGCACCACCAGCGGCCCAGCACCAACUUUGCUCCCUUCUUCAGCCACUGGGACAGAAUCUUUGGCACAGCAGCAACUUUCAAGAAAAAACCCUCCAAGAAGGUGGACUGAUAAAUUCUUGUAAUUCUGUAAAUAAUAUUUUCAUAUGUUAGCUAAAUAUUUUGAAGCAAUGUUACAUUUUUUUAUAUGAGUAUUUGUUAUCUUAUAAACUGUGAAGAGGGUGACCUGCUGUUUCUAUCCUUAUAAUUUAUUUUCUUAUGCAGCUAUUUGAGUGGAUAAACCUUGUUCAAUCUAAGAGUUGAAAUGUGAAUUUUAUUUAAUA